CACGCGGCAGUGUAGUGAGCCAAGGAACACGGUUCUUUGGUGGGGAGGAGACACCGAUCGUGCAUGCCACCGACCACAGUUUGAAAGCAACCUCCGUCAUGAUCGCGUCAGCUGGCCUCUAGUUAGCCCCACCUCUCACGGAAGCACAGCCGUCCGCGCGCGUGUUUCGACUUGCUCGCGGCGGGUACUCGCGCGAGAGCAGUUUACCGUCCGCUUCUGCCAGCCACGCAGGAUUCGCGCGACGACCCGGGGAAUCCGGUUUGAGAUCGCGAGCCGGUCGAUCGAUAACGCUUAACACCGACGAGAAACUGUACGGCAGCUGUCCCCCUUUGUCUCGAUCGUCACGGAUGAAGGUUACUGGCGAGACAGGUCCGAAGGAAGAUCGAUUGUUCCCCGUCCAGAUGUGAAAGUUCGAAAGUUUCCGUCGGAAGAGGAUUGUAUGUGGAUCGGGAUCGACGCGGAUGGAAGAUAACGGUGCGCUGUAAACGAUGCGAGGCCGGAUCAACCGCCGGAGGAAAUCGAAGGCGAUCGAUCGCGGCCCGCGAACAACGCGGCCCUUUGUACGCGGAGAUCCUGCUGCUGGAUCCUCGAUGGGAUCGACAAUGAGCGGCAGGAGGAGGGUGUUCGCCGGCCUGGACGGGCUCAAGUGUGAUCGUGUCGUCGUAUGGUCGGUGUUCAUGUGGUGUAUUGUUGUUCUGCCUGGUAACGUCGAGAGUGCACCGCCCGGGAUAUGCGCGAUGGACGGGUGCAACUGCACCGUCAAGUCGCACCGUUGGAUUAACGUCAAGUGUGUCUUCUCCGAUGAUCAGGACGUGGAACUGCUGGGAGGCGUCAUUCCAUCGGACGCGAUGGAGGUGGAGGUCUCCCAUUGCAGGGAGUUGAGGAUCCAGUCGGGCGCGUUCGCGGACGGCGCGCCCGUGAAACGGGUCCACGUGUCCGGCAUCUACAGCCUGGUGGCGAAGAGGCAGGCCUUCCAGAACCUGAGCGCGCCGAACGUGCAUCUGGAGGUGUCCGAGUGCAACAGCGUGAUCCUGGAGAGCCACGCGUUCAGGAAUUCCCGCGGGACGCUGAGCGUCUCGAUAUCGAAAUGCACACACGUGGGCAUCAAGCCGAACGCGUUCUCCAGAUUGCUGUGGAUAACGGUGAAGGAAGUGCCCGAUUUAGAGCUGUCCAGCAACGCGUUCAAGCUCGAGACUUUUCAGCACGGCAGGCAUGGACCAGCGACCAAGAUUAUGUUCCAAAGCGUGAAAAUCACGGAGCUGCCGACAGCGGUGUUCCCAUCGGCGAUCGCCGAGGUCCGCAUGGACAACAUCUGGACCAAAGUGAUACGCAAAGACGCGUUCUGCGCCAUGACGAUCUUCACCGUGACGAUCAGCAACGCGUCGAUACAGGAGAUCGAGACCGGCGCGUUCAGCGAUCGCGCGCUGAUACAGAGCCUCGAGUUCGUUGACGUGAGACUGAAGAGCAUCGAGAGGGGAGCUUUCAGAGCUGGCCACGACAACUUGACGAUUCAAUAUUCAAGGCUGUCCGAGGUGGAAUCCGGUGCCAUCGACAUAUCCGCGGCGACGGUCAGCUUCAACAACAACGAGUUCCAAAGCCUGCACCAAGGUGCCAUCGUUCUGCACCAGUGGAACCACAUAGCCAUCGAUUACAACCUGUUCGUCGACCUGGAAACGGACGCGAUCGCGGCGGAGGUGGACGCGACGUCCGCGCCGAAUUUCGAGUUCUCGUUCACCGGCAACCAGAUACAAAAGGCUCGGCCCGGCUCCUUGAAGUUCGCGGCGAUCUCGCAGAGCGUGAACACGGCUCGCGUGGGCAACAACUACUUCAAGGAGAAGUGCAGCUGCAACCUGGAGACGUGGAUCCGCGACGUGACCGGCAAGAACAGUUCCGUGUCGUGGAUGAUGGACUCCAGUUACUGCGUGGUGGACCAGAUCCUGGACAGGUGUUUCAACCUGCCGCAGGGUUACAUGUCCAUGAGGAACUUCACGAAGAUCAUCUGCACGCCCGGGGACCACAUCUACUGCGAGAAGCCGUCCGCGAAGCCCAAGCCCAGCGUGAGUCCUCCCAGCGUCGGUCCCCACGUCUACCCGAGACACAAGGGCUACUUCGACAUAGAGAUGUCGGACUCGGAGCAACUGCAGCGCGAGAAGCGCAUCAUCGUGGUGAUCUGCGUGGUGGCGGUGUUCAUCGUGCUGGUGGUGAUCCUCGCGUCCGGCAUCCUCUACAUGCGCCGGAACGGCGUGUGUCCGAAACUGACGUCCGGUCACCUGAUGAAUCUCGCCAGCUGGCUGUCCCCCAGCAGCGGGAUGACAGCUGCAACCUCGGCCAGGUCGAUAUCCAGACUCAGCGUGCACGAGUACGCCGGUCUUCAGCCGGAGACGAGGAUCCUGGAAGUGGAGACGCAGCCGGAAGCAACGGAAGACGAGGAGGAGGAGGCUGAAGGACUGUAUCCGUACACCGAGAACAAAGCCACGCAGACGUUGCCGGAGGAGCUGACAGAGGAGUACCUGAGGGAUCUCAGAGAGAGGCUGAACGAUCCCGAGAACUACAACCAAGCUAGAGACAUGAUAGAACAUCUGUACGAUCUGAUCAAGGUCGAAGAGAGUUGUAACAACAACAACGACAGGCAGCCUUCGGGCAGAGAAGAGAACGCGUACGACGUUAUCCGACCGAAGCAGAGGAAGAGAGGCCCUCCGAAGCCUUCGGUCAGCGUUGGCACCAGAGCGCCGUCUUUAGAGAAGCUGAUGCCGAGCGGAAUACAGCCCAGGCCGCCGCUGACGGAGUACACCGAGCCCAGGGACCAAAAAGCUACCGAGCAAAACCAUUUGUACGCGGAGCUGCCGGGCGACGAGACAGUUCCUAGCACCAGCAGACUGUCGCAGCCUAUUUUAGCUACCUUAGCGGGCCGAGCGCCGCAACCGCUGCCCCCGGACGUCGUUAACGACCAUUUGAUCAACAUCAACGCGAGCCAACCGUUGAACUUCGUUCAACCGAAGACUGAGACCCUCAGGCCCCCGGACAGCCCCAAGUUCGAGACGAACAGGACGCAGGGCAGGCCUAUGAGCUUCCUGAAAGCUUUAGGGGAGAGCAUCCUCGGAGGAUCGAAGUCGAGCAAUAACAAAAGGCCGAACUCGUUGCUCUGCGAGUACGCGGAACCGUCGGACGCGACCGCCCACCUGUACUCCGAGCUGCCCGAGCCGCAGACGUCGACGCCGGCCAGCAAAAUGGCGAACAGGCCGCUGCCCACCAAACCCGACCAAGAUUACGCGAACGAGGCGAGGGCAUAACGACGCCCGUCGCCGAUUGUCUGUGAUAAUUACAUGUGCGCGCGAGAAACGAACACACGAGAACGAUCUCGCGCCGUUUUUCUCUUCCUAACCUAAUCUCUAAGUGUUUGGUGGAUCGAGUGCGUCGCGCGAGGACGUAACGCGACAGUGGAUGGACCGUUCGUUCGCUCGGGGGACCGGCUCGGUUCCCGCGGGACUAUUUGUUAAGCUUUGUAUAAAGAUAGGGAAAUUAACGCGGAGGAUCGACGUUGAUCCGAUUUCUCUUGGAUGGCUUUACCUCGUUAGCGUCGCGCUUUCGCGAACUCGGCGAGCCAUUCGUUGUUGUGGUCUCUGGCGACUGGUCUCUUGAAGAAGUAGUAAUGAAGAAGAACGUUGGAUAGUGUGUCUUUAUGUAUGACUGGCUAAUCACCGUGCACAACUCUCUUCGUAAAGUCUCGUUUGUGCGAGAGAGACAAUUCGUAAGAAACAGCACGAACAUUUGAACAGAAUGGGAAAGGCUAGGUCGCUGAUUGGCUACUUGUGCCGAUGGGCGUGUUCGUAUCUCCUUCUUUGUUGUCAGUCACGUGACGCCGAGCCAAUGAAACUACAGACGAAGCUGCUUCCCGUUUCCGCAGCGUUCCGCUGGUUUCACCGAGCUGCGCGACGCUAACGAGAUAAAGGUCUUUGUCUAGUUCGCGCGAUGUAGAUGACGGAUAGCCGAAUGAGAACGUACGAAGAAGUUUUUAUUUAAACGACUGGCCCCGAGAACUGGCGGAUAUGUAUCAUAGGUUUAUAUAUAUUUGCUUCGUCAGGUAUUAUUAAAGGAGUAUUUCACGUGGCCCGUCUCUGUUUCAUUCGAUCCCGGAAUCGCCAAUUACGUGCUCCCUUAGACCUGCUUCCCUCAGGGCUGCGAGGAAUUACGCGGUCACGAUAUCCAACCGCGAUAAUUCCAGGGUUCGAGGCUGCCUCGAAACUGCGCCCGUAUUCUCUCCGCGCUGGAUCAGAAAUUAAUCUGGGGCGAUACAGCGUCGGAUUAUCUACGAAAA